CUAGAUGAACAGUUAGGUAUCGAAGCUGUUUAUGUCAUGGGUAACUGGUCUGCUCCUAAUACAAGAUUUCAUGAGCCGGUCCGAGGCUUUGGAUUCCGUCGUAAAAGGGUGUACUUGAUUGAUGAAUUUAGAACAAGUCAGUGCUACCCAGCCUGCAAACGUAGAAGUCUUGAAACGUUUCGGAUGCUCGAUAACCGGCGCCCUCAUAGACGAAGA